AUGUCCGCUCCCGCCAGCGGUUCGUCUCGCACUCACCGGCGAACAGGCCGCCGGCUCUCGCCGUCUCCGCCGCGCGUGAGCGGGCGACAGCUCGUCGUGCAGCGGAUUGUUAAGGAAGAUGGCUCCGUCUACUAUCCAAUACUCAGACGCUCAAAUUACUCCGAUUGGGCGGUGUUGAUGCGAGUCAAUCUCCAGGCUCAAGGUCUGUGGGAUGCUGUCGACACCGGCGAUGUCCCGUAUCAGGAAGAUUGCCAGGCGCUUUCAGCCAUCUUGCGAGCGGUGCCGGCUGAGAUGGUCCGGCCGCUUGCCGAGAAGGACAGCGCCAAAGACGCCUGGGAUGCGCUCAAAUCCAUGCGAGAUCUGACUGGCCGGCUUCUCACCGUCGACGAUCACCCCGACUCUGAUGGCGAGGACGCGGGUCAGGUGCUCUUCAGCGAAAAGGAGGCCCCUGCUCACUCAAACAAGGAAGCUGGGCAGAACUCAGCCGGGGGGAGGGCGUCCAGCUCACGGCAACCACACCGCAGCAGGCGCGAGCGCGACGGCAACGGCUCCGACGGCAAGUCAGGUUCGUCCCAAGCGGCAAACCGCAAUGUGUCCAAGGACAAAUGCCGGUACUGUGGCAAACUUGGUCACUGGGCCAAGGACUGUUGCAAGGCGAAGCGAGACCGCGAGAAACUGGCUCAGGCAAACCUUCUCAUCACCGAGCCUGCUCAAGCCGCGGACGAAGGGGAGCCGACACUGCUGAUGGCGCAAGUGUGCGAGCUUGCCCCUGCUACCGAUCCUGUCAUUACUGACGGGGAGGUGACACUGAAGGAGGAACGUGCUCACGUUUCUCUUCAGGAUGAAGGAAAGCCCGUUGAUCUAGACUGGAUCCUUGACACGGGCGCUUCAAAUCACAUGACGGGCUACCGUGAUGUGUUCUCCGAGCUUCACACCACCGUGCGCGGCACUGUCAAGUUUGGUGAUGCGUCGAGAGUCUGGAUUGAAGGACGAGGCAUGGUGCUGUUCGCUUGCAAGAAUGGUGACCACUGCGCGCUCACUAGCGUCUACUACAUCCCCAAGCUUCGGAGCAACAUGGUCAGCCUUGGCUAG